AUGUCUAGAUACUCGCUGCGUCAGACGCCCAGGUACGUCGACUCGCCGUCGUGCCGCUCAUUCUUCCCUGCUGUCCUCUGUCUCGUCCGUUUGUUUGAUUCGUCGAACCCCCGGCGUGAAGCUCUCGCCGUCGUCUCGCCACCCGCCGCUGACCGCCUCGCCAGGAAAAAGGAGCUCUUCGACGGCAUGGUGGAAACGCCUCGUGCCUCUCGACGAUCGUCACGUCGUCGGUCCUCGGUUCCCCCAGACAUGUCCGACGCCGACCGCGACUCCAGCUCGGCGGCCGAGACCUCGGUCCGCUCCCGUGCCUCGCGUCGUCGAACCGCAGGCGGCAAGUUCUCCGAGCAUCUCGACGACGACGACGACGACGACGACGAUGACGGCGACGACGACGACAAAGACAAAGACGUCAAGGCUGGCCCUCGCGGAAACGGCACGGCGAGCGUCCUCGGGCACCCCCUCGAGCCGGGCCAGGCGGGGAAGCCGGCGAGGACGGUCGACGGCGUGCCGACCGAUCCCAACAUCGUCGACGGCUGGAGGCCCGGCCAGGACCCCAAGGUCGACUACUCGGGCGUGCUCGAGUUCGGCGGCAGCGUCGGCACCUCCUUUCUCAUGAUCUUCUUCCCCCUGCUCAUGUGGUUCAUGUGGAUCGGCGCCACCUACUACGGCGGCAAGCUGCCCUACCCGACGGCCGGCCAGUCGUGGCCCGAGUUCGGUCGUCACCUCGUCGACCUCGUCUACACCGGCGCGUUCCCCCACGCCAAGGCCUGGCUCUGGUACUGGUCCUAUCUCGUCUUCCAGGCCGCCUGCUACUGCAUCCUCCCCGGCGUCUGGGGCCGGGGCAAGCCGCUCGCCCACGAGAAUGGCCGUCAGCUGCGGUACUUUUGCAACGCCUACGUCAGCCUCUACUUCACCCUCGCCGUCCUCGCCGUCCUGCACUUCACCGGCGUCUGGCGCCUGUACUACGCCCUCGACGAGUUCGGCCCCCUGCUGUCCGUCGCCAUCCUCAGCGGCUUCCUCGUCAGCAUCGUCGCCUACGCCUCGGCCCUCUACCGUGGCAAGCAGCACCGCAUGACCGGCCACGCCGUCUACGACUUCUUCAUGGGCGCCGAGCUGAACCCGCGCAUGUUUGGCAUCCUCGACUUCAAAAUGUUCUUCGAGGUCCGCAUGCCCUGGUACUUCCUGCUCAUCCUGAGCCUCGGCGCCGCCGCCCGUCAGUACGAGCGCUACGGCUACGUCUCGGCCGAGGUCAUGUUCCUCGUCAUGGCCCACUACCUCUACGCCAACGCCUGCGCCAAGGGCGAGGAGCUCAUCAUCACGACCUGGGACAUGUACUACGAGAAAUGGGGCUUCAUGCUCAUCUUCUGGAACCUCGCCGGCGUCCCCUUGUCGUACUGCCACUGCACCAUUUACCUCGCCAACCAUGACCCGUCCGAGUAUCGCUGGAAUCGAGCCUACCUCGUCGCCCUCUACGCCGCCUAUCUCUUCUGGUAUUGGGUCUGGGAUAGCUGCAACAGCCAGAAGAACCGGUUCCGCGCCAUGGAAAAGGGCAACCUCGUCUUCCGCAACGCCUUCCCCCAGGUCCCCUGGCAGACGCUCAAGAACCCCAAAACCAUCCGGACGGCCCAGGGGACCAUUCUCGUCGACGGCUGGUACGGGCUCGCGCGGAAGAUUCACUACACGGCCGAUGCUUGGUUCGCCAUUUCCUGGGGCUUAAUCACCGGUUUCAGGAGCCCGUUUCCCUGGUUCUACCCGCUCUUCUUCGUCUGCAUGAUUUCCCACCGCGCCUGGCGCGACAUUCACCGAUGCCGCACCAAGUACGGCGACGCCUGGCUGGAGUACGAGCGACGGGUGCCGUAUCUUUUCAUUCCCUACGUCAUCUGA